GGGAGGGUAGGAGGAGAGAACGAGGCGACAAGGCGGCGCUGAGCACCGCGGCCACCGGGCGCAGCCAGGCGCUCGCAGAGCGAUCGCAGCGGGCGCGCGUCCCUGGAAGUUCCACGCCCCUGCCUGGCUCUGUCCGCACCAUGAAGCACAUCCCGGUCCUCGAGGACGGACCGUGGAAGACUGUGUGCGUGAAAGAGCUGAAUGGCCUCAAGAAACUCAAGCGGAAAGGCAAGGAGCCGGCGCGGCGCGCGAACGGCUAUAAAACUUUCCGAUUGGACUUGGAAGCACCCGAACCCGGCGCCACGGCCAGCGCCACCCCUGCCACCAACGGGCUCCGGGACAGGACACAGCCGUUCCCAAUCGCAACCCCAGUGCCAGCCUCAGUGGCGCCGGCGGUUCCUCCAGGUGGGGGCACGGACACAGCCAAGGAGCUCAGGGGCAUCCGAGCGCCUGAAGUCUCAGACGCGCGCAAACGCGGUUUCGCCCUGGGCACAGUGGGACCGGGACUACCCACGCCGCCACCGACGUCCCAGAGCUUGGCACCGGGGCGUCCCGAGGCGCAGCCCUACCGUGAGCCGUCUCUGCGUCCCCGCAUCUUGCUGUGCGCCCCUCCCGCACGCCCCACGCCGUCUGCGCCUCCUGAACCCCCACCGGCGCCACGAGAAUCCCCCGUGCGCCCUGUGCCCCCCACGCUCCCGGGGGAAAGUUCCUACUCGUCAAUUUCACACGUAAUUUACAAUAACCACCCGGAUUCUUCUGCGUCGCCUAGGAAACGGCCAGGCGAAGCGACCGCCGCCUCCACGGAGAUCAAAGCCCUGCAACAGACCCGAAGGCUCCUGGCCAACGCCAGGGAGCGGACGCGGGUGCACACCAUCAGCGCAGCCUUCGAGGCGCUCAGGAAGCAGGUGCCGUGCUACUCCUAUGGGCAGAAGCUGUCCAAACUGGCCAUCCUGAGGAUCGCCUGUAACUACAUCCUGUCCCUGGCGCGGCUGGCUGACCUGGACUACAGCGCCGACCACAGCAACCUCAGCUUCUCCGAGUGUGUGCAGCGCUGCACCCGCACCCUGCAGGCAGAAGGACGUGCCAAGAAGCGCAAGUGUCGGAUAUGAGUGAAGACUCAGGAGCCUUGGUGUAGUGAGAAGGCAGCAACUACCCCGCAUGCGCAGACAGCAUGCGCAGACAUGAAAGCCGUCUCCGCUGUACGAACUCGCCGUGCUUCGGACAUGGAUACAGAAAGAAGUCUGUAGAACGGGGAUGAGCCCCUGGAGUCCUACGCCUCUCAGGAGUGCUGUCGUCCCUGACAUGUUUGUGUUUAACUGUGAAGUCAGCAAAACGUAGGACGUGGGGGCUAGACCAGGUUUUAAACUCUGGCAGUGGCACUUCUUUCUUGGUGCCCCUGGAAUUGUUAUUUAACCUCUCUGAUCCUGAGGUCUCUUCACUACGAAGCAAGAACAGCUUUCCUAUUCUGAUGGGAAUAAACAAAGCUGUGUAUCAGAAAGGGGCUGUCCUUGUCUCUAAAGGGGAAAUCUCUGAAUUUACAGCUGCAGGUGACAAGUUCGAAUCCAGCCCUAGGAAGGAGCAUCUCCGGAAAGGGCAGGACCCAGGGCCGGCAGAAGAGGACUUGUCCUUUCGAGUUAGAGAUUCUCCCGUCUCUAGCACUUGACGGAAACAUUGUUUCUGUCCUUUAAAGUAAGGCCAGCAAGCAGUCAGUCCAUAAAUCCUAGAUUUCAAAGGGCGCGGAUCUAUACCAAGAAACCUAGGCAACAUUUGGUGCCGAAGAACGCCAAUAAACAGACGACAUCAACAGACACCAGCCAUAUGGAGAGGACCACUGUGCACCAGGCACUGCACCUACCAUUUCUACCCCUGUUAAUAAUACUCGUGAGUCAGGGGCACUGCCCAUACUGCACAGAGUGGAAACUGAGGCCAAGAGAAGGCCUGGGCCAUCUAAGAAGUAGGCUUUCUUGCUCUUUCACCCCUGAAGUUUGCCCAGGAGCACCAACUGCCCCCCCCCCUCCCAAGUCCUGUGCCAUACCCACUUGGAGCCUGUGUGGAAAUAGUCAUCUGUAGCACGUGUGGAGGUUCCAUUUAGCUUCAGGGAGCCAAUAGCCCGCUGGUGGUGGCAAGGAGUGGGGUGGACCGGGAUUCGGGGGCGGAGGGGGGGUGUCAUCAGCUCCAAGCACCCCCAGGGCUGCGCCGCCAGUGAGGCCUGACACCAGGUUAAGUCGCCUGGCGGCCUUCGGCUGCAGCUGGGAGCGCCGCCUGGUUCCCAUUCGGUGCUGUGGUUUUGAUUAGCUGCUGGGAGAGGCAGCCCUGGCUGCAAGUCUAUGGGAGCUCCGCAGGAACAGCGGGUCCCCCCCCCAGGCCGCCCGCCCCCCCUCCUGGCAACCCCAGACUCCAGAUGUUCCGAGCGCUCGCUGGGAAGGCCUGCUGGCGCCACGGAGGGCAGAGGGCAGGGAAAGCACGCGAGCUGGAAGCCCAAGAACUCAGUCACCGCAGGCCUUGGCAGCCCGCCCGGCCCUCCGCUGGCACAUUCCCCAGCUCUCCCCUGGCCAUCUGUUCCCAAAAAGCCCUUUCAGAACCUCAUCAUCACUCAGGAUACAACAGCGCGAGCAGCUGGUUUGGAGGCAGCAGCGAAAACCGUGCAAAAGGUUCUUUGUGAGAGAGGAAACUCGCUUAUGAAUAACAGGGCUGGAUGCCGUAAAAGUUGGCGGCUGCAGUCCGUGUUUCUCAGGCGCCGCUGUUUGCUCUUGACUUUUUAUCUCUGGUUUUUAUUCCUCCCCACCCCCACGCCCUUGUUUGCUUUCAGAGUUUUUCUUCCUUUUCUGGCACCAGGUGUCAGUUCUUCUUCCUUGGGAGUACCUGACGGCCACCUAAUAAGUUCUUAGGGUUCUGUCAACUGUUUUUGGUCUCAAAGCUGUUAACCCCGAGGCUAGUGGGAAGUGACUGCUUUCCCCUGGCUAGGAAGAGACUGGCAAGCAAGAAGGUCAGGGUGUCUAAUGGGAGGGUAGCAGCUGGGGAGCCGGCUCAGCGGUCCAGAGUUCCCACCGCAGCACGGUCAUUAAGAGCCGAGUGUGGCCACCAUGCCGUGGUAAAGCUCUGGGAGAGACCCUGUCUCAAAAAAGAAAGGGAAAUGAUGUGCAGAAGUGAGGGACAUGUCCUGAUGUUAACCUUUGUCCCCCACGUCCCUGUCAUGGGUGAGCGCACACACACACCUGGAUCUGCGUGGCUAGGUCCUGGCCUGUUCAUUGCUGAGGUGUCUCCAGAAGUCCUGGUCCUAACUUGUCGUCCUUGGAGGUCUAACUAAACAGGGGCAUUGAGGUGGAAAGUCAUUCCAUUGUCACCCCGACUGACCCCAGCGUGCAGAAGCAAGCAUUGUACCCGCAGGGGCUGGGUUGAGACCACCACGGGCUCGUCAGAAAGCAGCACAGGGGAGCCUUUGGGAGAACGGUGGUAGCCAUAAACACCCCAGUGCCUGGGCCCCCACAGCUGACUGCAGCGUGACGUGAGGGCCUUUUUAAAGAACCGGCUGCUGCCACUGUCGCCGCCAAGCGCUUCUGGGACAUGUCUGCUCAGAAUCUGGGCACCCUCUGGGAACAGUCACCAGGUGGCCUGUCCUGGCGG